CCUUAAUAUGGUGGUACACUUACUUAUUUCUCACUUAUUGUUGAGUUUCUUAUAAGCACCACAUGUUUUAAAACAUCUAAGAAAAAAUGGAAAUAAAAUCAGACAUUCUGACACAGAAAAAAUACAAAACCUUCAAUGAUACCUUCAAAUUGUGCGCCUUUUCCCUAGCUUUCGCUUUCCUGUAUCCCAACAGGAACACAGCCGUCAAGAGGUGUAUCACCAUCACUCUGAUUGUCACCUUCUGUGGUGGCCAACUCUUCUGGUUUAUCACCUACACCUUCAAAUGCCUCUACACCUUAGACCUCUACAAUUUCGCCAGAAACAUGACUCUGGCAGUCGUUCUUAUUCUGUUUUUCAUCAAAACGUAUUAUGCUAUUUAUGCAACUCAAAAAUUUGCAACACUACUGGACAAAAUAUCUGAAGACCUUUUGGAAGCUAAUAAUUUAGGAGAACGACAGCAAAAAUUGUACGAUGAACAUAUCAAAAUAGCUAAAUUUGGGGAGAUAUCCUGGUUAUUGGUACCUGUACUCAUGAGUGCUUUGUUUCCUAUUUAUGCUGGGACCUUGAUGAGUAUUGAGAGCAUCCAGACGGAUGAUUACCAAAGACGCAUGGUACAUGACAUGGAACUUCUUUAUGUGGAAGACAUUCAGAGUGAAACCCCUUUCUUCCAGUGUAUGUUUGCCUAUAACUGCGUCCAAUGCGUAGUUCUUGUUCCCAAUUACUGCGCAUUUGAUGGCUCUUUCUGUAUAGCGACAACACAUAUACAGUUAAAAUUGAAGUUGAUGGUGUUAAAAGUUCAUGAUGCCUUUAAAUAUUCAAAAAAUAAAUAUGAAUUACGAAUGAAAAUGAAUGAGGCAAUCAGAGACCAUCAAGAAGCUUUAGAUUUUUAUGUUCAAUCGCAAAAUGUGUUUGGGCCUUGGUUGUUUGCUGUGUUUAUGCUGACAUCAUUCAUGAUAUCGUUCAACUUGUACCAAAUAUAUUUACUGCAACGGAUAGAUCCCAAAUACACGUCAUUUGGGUUGGUCGGCGUUUUGCACAUUUACUUGCCCUGUCAAUAUGCGAGCUCCUUAACGAAGGUCAGUGAAGAGAUUCCCAACGACUUGUACCUCGUCGACUGGGAAGCAUGGGCAGACCCUAAGGUCACUAAACAGCUGAUCUUCAUGAUCACCAAGGCCCAGAAGGAGAUGAUUCUGACUGGGAUGGGCAUAGUGGUGUUCAAUAUGGAACUAUUUAAGUCUAUUAUGCAAACUUCUUACUCCUUCUUCACUUUGAUUACUGCUUGAAUACCUAAAAUAAAACAAAACCCCUAUUUGAGAAAUCUAUGACACUAUAGUGUGGUUUGUCUAAUUUAAAAAUUCUACUAUUUCUAGUCUCAGCUUUUAAUGUCUACGAUUAUUAUUGUAAGUUAAUUUUAUAGGAUAUAAGCAUAAGCA